AUGGCCUCACACAGGUUGAUACAAUAUCUCGGCAAGACGUUUGGACUGGCUGUCUCAGAAGCCAUUUAUGACAAACUGAACGAGUAUUAUUUUGUGCAAGGUCACUCCCUCAAUGACAGGCCUCAGUUGGCUAAGACUGUGUCGGAGGAGCUGACAAAACUACUUGCAGAUAAGGCUCCAUCUGAGAGCGAACUAUUGACUUUCUUGAACGGAAACGAAGGGCGAAAAGAGAUUGAAACUGCUCUUCAACAAUUGCAAAUGCUAGGUGUUCAUGGUAUACCCAAGUUCAUAAUUGGAGGAAAUUUGGUUGUUGAUGGUGCAGCAAGAUCCGAUGUCUUUGUCAGAGUUUUCCGUGAGAUCGAGCGAGCUGGAGAAGUCGAAGCCCGCCCUAUCUUUGGUGAUAUUCUUGGUAUUCCUCAUGACAUUAUCGAACAGGGAAGCCACCAUCCUGCUGACAUGGCUGCUUAG